AUGCCGACGCGCUCCCCGGGCCCCUGCAGGGCCUCCUGGGCCGAGGUGAGCAGGCCCGAAGGAUGGAGGGACCUGCGUGAUGAAGCUCAAGCUGGAAUACCUCUAGAGAUUGGAGGUGGCAUGGCUGCAGUGAUGAGAGACAUCCCCAGGAAGGACAGGCUGAAGACAGGCUCGACCUCCCUACCUGCACCUGCUACGCAGGCCCCCAAACCUACGCGCAAAGGUAAAAGUCGCACGCUGGAUAACAGUGACCUGAACAGCCUCUCUGAAGACCUGGGCCUGGCCAGGGAAGCCCAGCAGACACAGCAGGGCCAGCGAGGCUCCGCUAAAGACAGGAAGAUGCUCAAGUUCAUCAGCGGCAUUUUCACAAAGAGCAGCGCGGGGGCAGCGGGGUCGUCCUCCACAGCACCUCCUGUCUAUAUACAGAGAGACUCCAGUGAGGAGGAAGUAAAUAUUGCUCACAGCCAGGAGUGGACCUUGAGCAGAUCCAUCCCAGAGCUGAGACUGGGCAUUUUGGGAAGUCUGAAAAGUGGAAAGUCGGCGCUGGUGAACAAAUACAUCACAGGCAGUUAUGUCGCACUCGAGAAGCCUGAUGGUGGCAGGUAUAAAAAGGAAGUGCUGGUGGACGGACAGAGUCAUUUAUUACUGAUCCGGGAGGAAGCCGGACCACCCGAUGCACAGUUCAGCAGCUGGGUUGACGCAGUGAUCCUGGUCUUCAGCCUGGAGAACGAGGCCAGUUUCAAGGAGCUCUACCAGCUCUACAGCCAGCUCAGCGCGUUGCGCACAGACCUCCCCGUCAUAGUGGUCGGCACCCAAGAUAAAAUAAGUAGCACCAACCCCCGUGUGAUCGAGGACCAGAGAGCCAGACAGCUGUGUAUCGACGUGCGUCACUCGCUGUUUUACGAGACCUGCGCCACCUAUGGGUUCAACGUUGACCGGGUGUUCUCAGAGGCUGCCCAGAAGAUUGUGGCUCAGAAGAAGCAGGCGGCGCUGCAGGCCUGCAAGUCUCUUCCCAACUCGCCCAGUCACUCUGGAGGCUCCACGCCUGGAUCAGCAUCGCUCCCUGGCCAGGCCAGUAAUGGCCCCAGUAGUGGCUACGCCUACUCCCUCCCCUCAACCCCUGUGGUCAGUCACAGAGAGCUGCGGGCUGCGCAGGGAGAGGGGGGAGGCAGUGUCAACUCACGGGUGCUGAAGAACAUCCCCAGACGGCCCUCCCUCUUCAAGAACCGGGACAUGGAUAAGAAAGCUGGCGAUCCUAAAGGAGACCUGAGCAGCGUGCGGGGCGUUCCCAUCAAACAGAGCAUCCUGUGGAAGAGAAGUGGGAGCUCGCUGAACAAGGAGUGGAAGAAGAAAUACGUCACCCUGUCCAACAACGGCACGCUGUCCUAUCACUCCAGCUCCAGUGACUACACACAGAACGUCCAUGGAAAAGAAAUCGACCUGCUUCGCGUGACAGUCAAAGUUCCUGGGAAACGUCCCCCGAGAGCCGUCGCUCCCGCGGGCCCCUCCCCUGUCCCCCCCGGCUCCAUACCUGGAGUUAACGGGCUGAGUAAGGAGCUGACAGCCGCUGAUAGCACCAGUACAGUUCCUCAGUUGUGUCCCGCCACCCUGUCAGUGGUGGAUGAUCGGUCUGGUGGUUUGUCCCCUCACGGCGGAGAGAGAGGACUUCAGCGCUGCCCCUCCUCGCUGUCCACCAAAGCACAAAGUGUGGAUGCCCUUGAGGGGACAGCCAGUCCCUUUGCUGGAAAAGACCCCGGCCAGUCGUCUCCCAUGAGCGACAGGAAGAAGAACAGGAGGAAGAAGAGCAUGAAUCAGAAAGGGGAGGCAGCCGUUGGACAGGCCGAAGAGGAGGAGAACGCAGACUUCAUCAUAGUGUCGUUUACCGGGCAGACGUGGCACUUUGAGGCUCAGAGCCUGGAGGAGAGGGACUCGUGGGUGUCGGCCAUCGAGAGCCAGAUUCUGGCGAGUCUGCAGUCGUGUGAGAGCGGCAGAAACAAGGCGCGUAGGAGCAGUCAGAGUGAGGCCGUAGCGCUUCAGGCCAUCCGUAACGCCAAGGGCAACAGUCUGUGUGUGGACUGCGAAGCACUGAACCCCACCUGGGCCAGUCUCAAUCUGGGUGCACUGAUCUGCAUCGAGUGCUCGGGGAUCCAUCGAAACCUGGGGACUCACCUUUCCCGUGUUCGCUCGCUGGACCUGGACGACUGGCCCGGGGAGCUCACGCAAGUCCUGGCUGCCAUCGGAAACCACAUGGCCAACAGCAUCUGGGAGAGCUGCACGCGGGGCAGAACCAAACCCACGCCUACUGCAACGCGUGAGGAAAGGGAGUCCUGGAUCCGCGCCAAAUAUGAACAGCGGGCGUUUGUGGCGCCUCUUCAGCCGGCCCCGGGGACCCAGCUGCCGGAGGACAGUAUGCCGGUGUCGCUGCUGUCUGCGGUGACUGAGAGAGACCUGCCCAGACUGCUGCUUCUGCUGGCCCACAGCACCAAGGAACAGAUCAACGCUCAGCCGGCCGGGCCGACUUCGCCGCCUCGCACGGCCCUGCACGCUGCUUGUCAGCUGGGAGAUGUAGUCAUGACCCAGCUGCUCGUCUGGUACGGCAUCGAUGUGAAAGCGAAGGAUAACCAAGGCCAGACGGCCAUGAUGAUGGCCAGAAAAAACGGGAGCAAAGGCUGCAUUGACAUUUUGCUCCAGCACGGCUGUCCCAGCGAGACGUCCCCCACCACUGCCACGCCUGUCCUCUCCCGCCGGUCCAGUACUGCCAGCCUGGGCCGGACCAGCUCCAGGAAACGGGUGUCGUAGCGCGGACUGCAGAUGCUACCGCACUGGGGGGUGGGGGGGCUGGUGGUAGUUUAGCAACCUUUAGGAUACGGGCAGAGCUGACUUUGGAGAGGGGUGUACUGUCAGAAAAAUGACGGGACUAUAUCAUAGUACUAAGGAUAAAAAAAGAAAAAGAAAAAAAAAAAGCUUCUGAAGACUGAACAACAUAUCAAACAACUUAAAAGCAAUAUUCAUUCGAUUUGUUGAUGACAGAUAUAUUGCUGAAAUACUGUGUUGUUGUCGACCUCAUUUCAAAAAUGACUCACGUAGAACUUUGUAGCUGUCUUCUGUGAUUUUAGAGCAGACCCCCCGAUCUGCCUCUGUUUCACUUCCUCCAGAAGAAGUGCAAUAAUCCUGCUAUGGCGACGAAAAGCAACAAGUUUGGGAGCGAGCUGUGUCGGGCGACUGGUUGGUCACUGAUGUGAGACAAUUAUAACUUCAAGAGGGCGAUGCUUUUAUUCAGAUUUGUUGUGACUGGACCAAAACAGCUGUUUUUUUGUUUGUUUGGUUUUUUUUUUGGUUUGGUUUUUUUUCCCUUUGGCUUUACAAAUAAAACAUAGACCUACAAUAUGUCAUGUUGUUAGUUACGUGUGCCUGUUGCAGCAGUAUAAAGGUCAGUUUAUAUAUAUAAAUAUAUAUAUAUAAACAAAUCAGCUGAGAUAAUUCUGCUUAGACUAGAAAAAUGAAUGGUUUGGAAUAUGAAAUAUGUCAGUGUUACUCUCACAGGUCAAAGAUAUGGCGUUUUAAUAUACUGUAAAUGUACCUAUACUACAAACUUAAUGUUAAACUCUGUAAACGAAGACACAACUGAAAAAACCAGACUCGAUUUUGUAAAUGAUUUCUUACUGGUAGUUUUGAAAAUAUGUCAAGUUUUGUUUUUCCGUUGUCUUUUUAUAAUUUCUUAUUCUCCGACGUGUCAUAAACCCAGUGAGCAGAUGCUUUCACGUAGGUCGUAACAUGUGGCCCAAGUCUACGUGGAAACCGGGACCUCACUCGUACUCAUGUCACUGUUGUGUCGGUCUGUCCCAUGAGCUCACGGGUUGUGCGAAUCCCGCGUGAGCUAAAAGAAAUGGCUGCCGGAAUAAA